CCCGCUCCCGCUCCUCCCGGGCCGCGCCGCCGCCGCCCCUCGCAGGGAUCCCCCCGGUGCGUGUAGCGAGCAUCCUCCCGGCGCCCUCCGUACCGCCGGCACCGCCCCGCCCUGCGAGCCCGCCCCUCCUCAGUGUUCUUGGAUCAGAUUGUGACUCUUCAGGCCCUGAUUUUAAUGACCCCUUUCCUUUGCUAAUAUGCAAGAGGCCGGUGCCAUGGCCACGGACGUGGUGGAGCCCCUGCUCCCUGACUGCAGAGGGGACGGCAGGAGCGGCGCCCGGCCCGACGCCGAUUACCCGCUGCGGGUGCUCUACUGCGGAGUCUGUUCGUUGCCAACAGAGUACUGUGAAUACAUGCCUGAUGUGACUAAAUGCAGACAAUGGUUAGAAAAGAAUUUUCCAGAUGAGUUUGCAAAACUUACAGUAGAAAAUUCACCUAAACAGGAAGCUGGGGUUGGAGAAGGCCAAGGAAAUGUGGGAGGAGGAGAAGAAGAGGAGAAGAAGAAGCAAAAGAGAGGUGGAAGAGGUCAGAUAAAACAGAAGAAGAAGACUGUACCACAGAAAGUUACGAUAGCUAAAAUUCCCAGAGCAAAGAAAAAAUAUGUCACAAGAGUGUGUGGCCUUGCCACAUUUGAAAUUGAUCUUAAGGAAGCACAAAGGUUUUUUGCUCAGAAAUUUUCCUGCGGUGCCUCAGUAACAGGAGAGGAUGAAAUCAUCAUUCAGGGGGACUUCACAGAUGACAUUAUUGAUGUAAUCCAGGAGAAGUGGCCUGAGGUGGAUGAUGACAGCAUUGAAGAUCUUGGAGAAGUCAAGAAGUGAUGGUGGAGGGCUACCUUUAUUUAAUUAUAUGGUUAUAAAUGAUAUAGCAAAAGUGAGGCUUCUAAAUCCAUUUGCUCUGCAGUGAAACUGUGGAGAACCCAUAUCCUUGGCAUUCUCACUGUUCUGUAUAGGCUGCUUGGUUUUCUUUUUUGUUUUUGGGGUUUUUUUGUGAUAUUUGCCAAAGUUAAAUUGGGGUUCUACCAUGCUUAAGCAUGAAGUAGAUUUAAAUAAAAUUACUGUUCCUCACUGAA